AUGCCGCGCGACUUAUUACGCUUAAUAACAAUAGCGCUGCUCUGCGCCUGCAGUGCUUCUGCAUCAACCGAAGUUGACUGGUGGGAGGACGCAACACUCUACCAGAUCUACCCGCGCUCCUUUAUGGACAGCGAUGGCGACGGUAUCGGUGAUUUGAAUGGCAUUACAUCCCGUCUUGAAUAUUUCAAGGAAAUCGGUGUAACAGCUGCAUGGAUUUCGCCCAUCUACGAGUCUCCCAUGGCGGAUAUGGGUUACGAUGUAGCUAAUUUCACCAAUAUCGAUCCGCUCUUUGGUACAUUGGAUGACUUUGAUGUGAUGAUUGAAAAGGCGCAUAAAUUGGGACUAAAAAUUAUUAUGGAUUUCGUACCGAAUCACUCGAGCAAUGAGUGUGAGUGGUUUAAAAAGUCCAUACGUCGUGAAGAUGGCUACGAUGAUGUUUAUGUAUGGUCCGAUGGUAAGAUCGAUCCAGAAACGGGUGAGCGUCAGGAACCAAGCAACUGGUUGGCAGCCUUUGGUGGUUCGCAAUGGACUUGGAACGAAGAACGCCAGCAGUACUAUUUACAUCAGUUUCUGGCCGAGCAACCGGACUUCAACCUCAGCAAUCCAUUGGUACGGCAACAUUUAAUCGAGGCCUUAGAGUUUUGGCUUGAGCGUGGUGUAGAUUCAUUUCGAAUAGAUGCAGUGCCGUUUUUCUAUGAAACACAUUAUGAAAAUGGCACUUUCCCAGAUGAGGUCAUUAGAGGAGAUCAUACAAAGAACCGACCCGAAAACCCCGAACCAUUGUACGAAUGGCGUGAGUAUUUGGAUGAAUACACGAGAGUACAUGGUGGGGACUCUAGAAUCCAAGUUGCGGAAGCUUACGCGCCCGUAGAUGUUUUGGCCACUUAUAUAUCAAAUGGUACGCAUAUUGGUAGCCAGAUGCCAAUGAAUUUUAAUUUCAUUGAAUUACGUACCUCAACGACGGCAGAGGACAUAGAACAGUGCGCUAAAGAGUGGAUGGAUGUCAUGUGGACGGGGCAUAAGAUGGCCAAUUGGCAAAUAGGAAACCAUGACAAUGGCCGCCCAUCAUCACGCAUAGGCAUCCACACCGUGGAUACCAUGGUAUUAAUAGUUCAUGGGUUGCCCGGCGCAUCUGUUAUUUAUUACGGCGAUGAGAUUGGCAUGUCUGAUAUGGACAUAGACUCUGAUAAUUUCCGAGAUCCAGAGCGCACGCCAAUGCAAUGGGACACAUCGGAGAAUGCCGGCUUCAGCACAGGCAACUCCACUUGGCUGCCCGUAAAUCCUAACUACAAAUAUAUCAACGUACAGACGGAGCGGGGCGUGGCACGUAGCACUUUGAAUAUAUGCAAGGGAAUAAUUAAGUUAAAGCAGACUGCGGCCUUCAAGGCUUUCAAGGAGGAUGGUGGCUUUUCGUAUGGCGCGCUGUCGAAGCAAGUCUUUCAGAUAGUCAGAACUGCUGCUGGUAUCGAGGAGUACCGUAUACUAGCGAACUUUGGUAGUGCGAUAGAACACUUUGAUGGUUUGACCAACAAGACUAUGGAGUAUGUGCUGCUCACUUCAUAUUCACCGCACAAUUAUGGCGAUAAAGUUGACUUAAGUAAACGCAUUUAUCUGAUGCCUUAUGAAGCGGUUGUACUUCGGUGGAUUGCGUAAUAUAUGUGCGCAUUCGUUUGACCACUUCCAGCUUUUUCUCAUAUACCUGUGCAAAGGCA